UCGGGAGCACCUCUCUGCCGGGGCUGGCGUGGCACAUCUGCAGCUCCCCUCAGCAGAAUUGGCCCUUUCUGCCUCUCUUCGCCCGGCCAGGCGCAGAGAUGAACCACACCAGGCCUCGCUAUGCCAUCGAACGUCCUGCCUAUUCAGUCAGCCUCUUCGAUGAAGAGUUUGAGAAGAAAAACAGAAGUUACCCUCUUGGGGAAAAAUUGAAAAACGUUUUCAGAUGUUCAGCUUCCAGAUUCAAACACAUCCUCUUCAGCCUGUUCCCCAUCCUGGUGUGGCUUCCCAAGUAUAAAAUCAAGGACUACAUUUUGCCUGAUGUUCUCGGCGGGGUCAGUGCGGGGACAAUUCAAGUGCCACAAGGGAUGGCCUUCGCCCUGUUGGCCAACCUGCCUCCUGUCAACGGGCUCUACUCCUCCUUCUUCCCCUUGCUGACAUACCUCUUCCUCGGUGGCAUCCAUCAGAUGGUGCCAGGUACUUUUGCAGUUGUCAGCAUUAUUGUUGGCAACGUCUGCAAUGAGCUGGCUCCAGAGUCGGACUUCCAGUACUUCAACCACACCACCAACGAGACCAGAGUCAACACCACAGCCCUGGAAGCAGCCAGGCUGGAGAUCUCAGCCACCUUAGCCUGUCUGACAGCCAUCAUACAACUCUGCCUGGGAUUCCUGCAGUUUGGCUUUGUUGCUAUCUACCUCUCAGAGUCUUUCAUCAGGGGCUUCAUGACAGCAGCAGGGCUGCAGAUCCUCAUCUCCGUGCUCAAGUACGUCUUCGGCUUGAGAGUCCCAUCCUACACCGGGCCCUUAGCUAUUGUCUAUACAUUCCUUGAUAUUUGUAAAGGUUUGCCCAAGACCAACUUGGCCUCCCUGGUCUAUGCCUUGGUCAGUGCUCUGCUCCUGAUCGUUGUCAAGGAGCUCAACCUAAAGUACAUGAAAAAGAUCCGGAUGCCCAUCCCCAUGGAGAUCCUCAUUGUCAUAGUUGCAACUGCAAUCUCUGGCAGCUUCCACAUGCCUGAGAAGUAUGGCAUGCCAGUGGUAGGGAAGAUCAGCAUGGGGUUCCCAGCUCCCUCCCUGCCCCUGGUGACCAAGUGGAAGGAGAUGAUGGGCACUGCCUUCUCACUCGCCAUCGUGGGCUACGUCAUCAACCUGGCCAUGGGGAGGACUCUGGCAGCCAAGCAUGGCUAUGAUGUGGACCCCAACCAGGAAAUGUUGGCGUUGGGCUGCAGCAACUUCUUCGGAUCCUUCUUCAAAAUCCACGUGAUCUGCUGUGCCCUCUCUGUCACUCUGGCUGUGGAUGGGGCAGGAGCAAAAUCACAAGUGGCAAGUUUUUUCGUGGCCUUGGUGGUUAUGGUGACCAUGCUGGCCCUGGGGAUCUACCUGGAACCUCUUCCAAAGUCUGUCCUGGGAGCCCUCAUUGCUGUGAACCUGAAGAACUCCCUGAAGCAGCUGGCAGACCCCUUCUACCUGUGGAAAAAGAGCAAGCUGGACUGCUUGGUCUGGCUGGUGAGCUUCCUGUCUGCUUUCCUCCUGAGCCUUCCCUACGGAGUGGCAGUGGGCGUGGGAUUCUCCGUGCUGGUCGUGGUUUUCCAUACCCAGUUCCGUAACGGCUCUGCCCUGGGCCAGGUAACUUCCACUGACAUCUACAAAAACCCUAAAGCCUACAGCAAGGUACAUGAACUUAAUGGGAUUAAAAUUGUGACCUACUGCUCACCACUGUAUUUUGCCAACUCAGAGAUAUUUCGCCAGAAGAUCAUAGCCAAGACUGGGGUGGAUCCUGGCAAAGUGUACUUGGCCAGGAAGAAAUAUGUGAAACGUCAGGAGAAGGGGACAGCACAACCACCAACCCAGCUGCCAAAAUUCCUACUGAGGCAGAACAAGACUUUAUCUUUGCAAGAGCUCCAGAAGGACUUUGAAAGCACCUCUCCAACAGACACCAACAACAACCAGACCACUGCCAAUGGUGCCACCAUCUCCUAUGUCACAUUCUGUCCCCCUGCCAAUGGUGCUGAGCAAGGGCACAGCCCCAGGGAGCUGGGCAGCACCAGGACUCUGCAGGGAAGCACUUUCAGUGUUAUGCCUGCAGCAGAUGUGGACCCCAUGGUGACAGCACCACCUUAUAUCAGCUUCCACACCAUCAUCCUGGACAUGAGUGGGGUUUGUUUUGUUGACCUCAUGGGCACAAAAGCACUGGGCAAGCUGUGUUCCAGUUAUCAGAAGAUUGGGAUUCAAGUGUUCUUGGCAAAUGUGCAUGCCCAGGUGUACAAUGACAUUAGCACAGGUGGAGUCUUUGAGGAAGGAGGCCUGGACCCAAGUCACAUCUUCCUGACCAUCCACGAUGCUGUUUUGUUUGCACUGGCAAACAUCAGAGAAGUUGCCCACCCCCCCAUCUUAGAAGAGAGGCCAAAUCAGACAGAACUCUCCAUCUAUGAUGAGUCUGUGGACGAGAGCACUGCAGAGUUCAAGAACUUGGAGGAGGAGAUGUUUGGAAGCAUGUUCCACUCAGAGACCCAGACUGCUCUGUGAGUGCUGAGGGAGCAGCAUCAUGCAGGCAAAUCCUCCUGAACAGACUCCUCCUGCUCAUCCCUUCGGGAAGAACUGCACUUCUGCCAGGGGAUACAAUAAAUCUCCAAAGCAAGAGGCCAUCCCACCUCUGGGACUGAUAAAAUGCUCCCUCCUUCCUGCUCUGCUCCUGGAGUUGAGCAAUGGACUCUGGAGCAGGUAGCAGAAGGCUACGGAAGCAGGAACUGGGGAAAUGCCAUCUCAUUAAUUACAGAAGAGGAGGGAGUUGAUUUGGAGGCAGGUGCCCUCUCACAUGGGACCAUCCCUCACUGUUGCCAAGUGCUCUCCUUUAUCCCACAAAAUCUCCCCCUCCUGCACACCCUAGCAUUCCAUAAUUUGGGCACCCCCCUCUUCUUUCUCUUCUUCCUUUUCCCUCCUCUCUCUUUCCCUGAUGAAGUGAAACACCAGCAAAUAUUUAGAGCCAUUCAGGGCUUGGAUUCAGGAGCAAAAUCCACCCCUGGAAGGUGCAGCCAGGUGGCUCUGCAAGGGAACUUUGCUCUAAGAUGUGCACUGACCUUUGGGGUGUCUGCACCCCCCGAUGUCCCUGUGUGUCCUUGUAGCACCCCCUCUGUCUCCUCUGGGACCCAGAAACCCCCCAAAACCCCUGUGCACCCCAGAAACCACUGCCUCAACCCAGUGCUGUAUUCCUGAUAUCCCAAAGCCCGUGGCACUCUGUCUCAGUAGGGCUACUUUCUGGAUUACGUUAUUUUUUAUUAUUAUUA